GUUUCCAGAGGGCACAGCUGGUUUGAUGCCCGCGGCGGCUCCACAAUGGAGCUAUCUGACUCGGUCACACAUAAGAACGGGCGCCAGAGGAAACCCGCUGUCCCCCAGGGGGACAUGAGGGACGGGAACAGGGUUCACAACACCACCCCUGACCUGGAGGAGGAGGGGGAAGCGUUGCUUCAAGGAUCUGACACGGAGAACAACGGACAUCCCAGUGUGCAACCUGGUAUCAGAGGGGAGCUGGGGAACGUAUCUCUGCUGCUCUUCCUGUAUGUCCUCCAGGGCAUCCCUCUGGGCCUGGCCGGGAGCAUCCCUCUCAUCCUGCAGAGUAAGAACGUCAGCUACAAGGACCAGGCCUUCUUCAGCUUUGUCUUCUGGCCCUUCAGUCUCAAGCUGCUGUGGGCCCCGCUGGUUGACGCGCUCUACCUGACCGGGUUUGGACGCCGGAAGUCGUGGCUGGUGCCCACCCAGUACCUGCUGGGUCUCUUCAUGCUGUACCUGUCGGUUACCGUGGAUACGCUGCUGGAAAGUGAUGAGGGGCAGGGCCCCGAUGUGAUGACCCUGACGGCGGUGUUCUUCAUGCUGGCCUUUCUGGCAGCCACCCAGGACAUAGCAGUGGAUGGCUGGGCUCUGACCAUGCUGUCUAGGGAGAACGUGGGCUACGCCUCCACCUGUAACUCUGUGGGACAGACUGCUGGCUACUUCCUAGGCAACGUGCUCUUCCUGGCCCUGGAGUCAGCUGACUUCUGCAACAAAUACCUGAGAGCAGAGCCUAAAGAGACUGGCAUCGUGACACUGUCAGACUUCCUGUUUUUCUGGGGCGUGGUGUUCCUGGUGUCGACCACGCUGGUGGCCGUUCUGAAGAAGGAGAACGCCAGGGGACAGCACGGGAGGAAGAAGGUCCGGGAGGAGACGCAGAGCGUUAUGGAAACAUACAAACUGCUGGUGUCCAUCAUCAAGAUGCCUGCGGUGUUCACCUUCUGUAGCCUGCUGCUCACUGCUAAGAUGGGUUUCUCUGCAGCAGACGCAGUGACCGGUCUGAAGCUGGUAGAGGCAGGUGUUCCUAAAGAGCAGCUGGCGUUACUGGCCGUUCCCAUGGUUCCACUGCAGGUACUACUACCACUCAUCAUCAGUAAAUACACCGCAGGACCACGACCACUAGACAUCUUCUACAAGGCCUUUCCCUUCAGGUUGUUGAUAGGUCUGGGGUAUGCUGUGUUGGUGUGGUGGACUCCCAGUUUAAAGCAGGAAGGGGGAUUCCCUCUCUACUACUACACUAUAGUACUGUUCAGCUACACACUACAUCAGGUGGCGCUGUACAGCAUGUAUGUGGCCUGUAUGGCUUUCCAUGCUAAAGUGAGUGACCCAGUGAUUGGUGGGACUUACAUGACCCUGCUGAACACUGUCACCAACCUGGGGGGAAACUGGCCCUCCACCCUGGCAUUGUGGAUGGUCGACCCACUCACCUCUAAAGAGUGCCAGGGAGCUGCUGGGCAGAGUUGUGGCUCCCCAGAGGAGACGGGGCUGUGUGUUAAGGAGGGCGGUGUGUGUGUGACAUCAUUGGAUGGUUACUAUGUGGAGUCGGUGGUGUGUGUGUUGAUAGGACUAACGUGGUGGGUGUGGCUAGGGAAGAGGAUGAGAAGGCUACAGGAUCAGAGCCCUGCAGCUUGGAGGUGCAGGAUCGGCCAAUGACAACGUUCACCCAGCUCCUGACCUGCACCGCCCCUUCCUGACCCCAGCAAGGCCAAUCGCCAGACAGCUACAGUCUGAUAUAAAAGCUUCUGUCAACUCAGCCUUUGACCCUGGCCCGAACAUCACUUCCUCUCUCGUUUCUGUUUCCGUCUUCCUCCAACUCUCUUUAUUUCUCUCCUUUCUCUGUCUGUCUCUCUCCUUCUCUGACUCUUCUCAGUGUCCCUCUUUUUUCCCUCCAAUCCCUUCUUCCCACCCUUUGCUCAGUGUAUAUAUUAUCCUUCAGCAGUCUUUCUUUGCGUUAACUGUGGUCCGGUCACCACAAGACUAUGGACCAUAACGGUCAAUAACCACACUCUCUUGGAGAGUCAAGAAUGAUAUUUCUCCUUGCAACGUCACAUCCUCACCAUGGCUUCUGUGGGUGCCGCUUCAACUAUGUCCCAUUGGAAACAAAAGAAGGAACUAUUCUUCUUGCUAGGAAUAUUUACAGUAGACAUAGCUGCUCCUUCUCAAUCCACAUUGUCUGCUACUUAAGCUAUUUCACUUUCUGUCACUGUUAUUUGUGCCUUGCUCUGUUCUUCAAAGACUCUGAUUUUAAAGUUGGUCGGAUAUUUAAAGAAGGCAUUCAUCAACGAACGGUCAUAAAAAGCAAACCACAUUAUAUAUGGAUGGUUAAAUAUGAACUUUGAGAUGUACAGCCAAGACCUAGUUGAUAAAUAGGUCACAUUUCUUUGUGUAACAUGGAGUCAGAAAUCACAUUUCUAUUCUUGAUGCUCAUCUAUAGCCCCUUUGAAAGAAAUGCCUAAAUUAUAACAGUAGUGUUUUAAUAUACACUGAGUGUACAAAACGUUAGGAACACCUUCCUAUUGAGUUACUAUGUUCCACCUUCCUAAUGUUGAGUUACACCCCCCCCCCCCCCCCAUUUUGCCUUUGGGUCCUUUGGGUGUUGGACCAUUCUUGAUACACACGGGAAACUGUUGAGCGUGAACCUCAGCAGCGUUGCAUUUCUUUACACAAACUGGUGUGCCUGGCACCUACUACCAUACCCUGUUCAAAGGCACUUCAAUAUUUCUUUCUUGACAAUUCACCCUCUGAAUGGCACAAACACAAUUCAUGUCUCAAUUGUCUCCAGGCUUGAAAAUCCUACUUUAACCCGUCUCCUCCCCUUCAUCUACACUGAUUGAAGUGGAUUGAACAAGUGACAUCAAUAAGGGAUCAUAGCUUUCACCUGGUCAGUCUGUGAUGGACGGUUCUUAAUGUUUUGUGUACUCAGCGUAUGUCUCUCAUUUUUUGAAUACAACAGUAUUUUCUCUAAACCAGCAAUGAGAGGUCAGAGGUUGUGUGAAAGGGAGAAGGCAGUAAACAGUCAGGUCCGGAUCUGGGAUCACCUGUAUCGGUUCUGUUUGGUUUAUGUCAUAGAAAAUAUCAAUAUUUUUCUGUUAAUUCUCAAGAGUUAUUUGUAUUUAUUUUGGGUCUCUCUGCUCUAUUCUACAUCAGGCUGAACAAAAUAAUUUGCAUUGAUCCAUAUGUGUAACACUGAUCAAUCAGAUUCCGUGUUUCUCCCUUAAUGUCUGCCCCUAACCACCUGUCCACAUUCAGAUGGGGCUCAGCUCCUAAAGAUGGAAGUCAGGGUUGGAGUAUAAUGAGAUCCCAGAUCAGGUUGUUCUCCUUUUGUGUGGGGGAAAAGAGUACGCUGAGUUUCCACACCAAUGCCAAGCCUUCAUACUGUAACUGAGACACUUGUUAGCCUUGAACAUUUCAUUUUUUAACUUUCUCUUUAUUUUACAUCUUGUGAUGCUGCUGUAUGUACAUCACUUUUAUGUCUGUGUCAGUACUUUUAUGUCUGUGUCAGUACUUUUAACAAUUUAAAAUAUUGCCUAAACUCUACCAGCAUUCACUUACAUAUGGAUAUGUUUUGAUUUACCAAAUAUUUAAAUGAAUUAUACUUUUUUUUUUUGGGCCCUUUUUUUUCAUGUCGGUUUGUCUUAAUUUCAGUUGUACAUUCUUUAAAUAAAAACCUCUAGUUAUUUUCCAAGAUGAGUGGAGGGCUUUUAAAAGAAUGUUCAACUACUGAAUUUCCCAUGGAAUACAAAUGAUUUGUGAUGGGCUGUUGCAAACAAAUCUUUGAUUUAUAAAAGCUGACGUUAAAGACCUGCUUGGUAUUGGAGUUGUCCCUAGUGGGAACAACUGUGGGAAUCAAACCCACAACCCUGGCAUUGCAAGUGCCGUGCUUUACCGAGAGUGACUACCCGGGUUGGGAUCAAUUCCAUUUAACUUCCAGUCAGUUCGGGAAGUACACUACAAUUCCAAUCCAUUCUAUUCAAUGCUUUUCAAUUAGAAACAUUUUAGAGAAAAAAUAAAAAAAAUGUAUUGACUAUAAUUUCAAUGUGAUUGACCCGAACUCUGCACUGUACCCUGUGAGACUUGUAUGUUAUGCUGUAAGAUGUUCUGAGUAACUUUUGUACCAACAUUCCCAAGAUGUAAUAUUGAAAAUAUUUACAGUAAUAAAUAUCUUAUGUCAUACAAUGAA